GUAUAAUCAAAACGUUUGCGACUCUUCUAGAGAACUUUCUUAGCAAAUACUCAGAACCGUUCUUAACACAAAAUAAUUCAGUGAAAAUGCGUGCCGUCAGCGUUUGUUUAAUAGUGGUGGUGUUCGUGGCGAUGCUGGUUGGCACUACCGGUAAUCCCGUCGGCGAUAAUGCUGUGCUCACUCUUGAGGCAGCCGAUCAACCGUUAACUUUGUUCGAUGUCGACGCGCAGCAAGGACAUGAAAACGAAGGCGAUCGCUUGGCGCGGGGCUACGGUGGCUACCGUGGUGGCUAUGGUGGUGGCUAUGGUGGUUAUCGUGGCGGUUAUGGUGGAUAUCGUGGCGGAUAUGGUGGAUACCGCGGUGGAUAUGGCGGUCGUCGUGGUGGUUAUUAUGGUUAAAUGACGAAAAAUAUGUUAAAAGAAAUUGAUCUGUGAAAUUAAAAAUGUGAUUUGCCAAACCACAAAAAAAAAUAACUUUACCAAAAUUUUGUCAAUAAUUUGUUGUAUUUUUUAAUAAAAAAUUAUUACGGGAUAUUGCAUGAAUUAAAAUUUAUUCCAUUUCAGUAUCAGCUUAUCUAAUAUUAAACUGUUGUUUCAGCGUAUAUAUCUUUUAGAAGACCAAAGACGCCAUUUCAAAUUUUCAUUGAAAGUUUUAGUACAGAAACUUCGAAAUUGGUAGUACGGAAGCUUCAAUAAUUUCUAAAUUUUAUUAAUCGAUUAAAAUAAAGCAAAGAGUGGAAAGCCAAACAAUUUAAGACUAGAAACUAAAAUACACUUCACAUGGACAAAUAAUUUCAUAGAAUAAAUGAAUUCCGACUUUUCAUUUUGUAUGGCAAAUAUAUAGUAUACUUAAAGUUAUCCGAUCUGAACAAUUUUUUCGGCGUGUAUAAAAGUGUGAAAGUUGUGUAAAGAUAUCUCUUCAAAUAAAAAAUGCUCAUAAAAAAGCGA